AUGGCCGCGCUGGUUCAAACGUACCCCCAGCAGACCACCACUGUUACCACUCUCCAGUCGAGACCUUCAGGCAACAUGGUCCCGACACAAGCCCAGGCGAACCAGCAAUACAUGGCUGCUCAACAGUCGCAGAGGAACUUCUCGGGUUCCGCCGGGUAUCGCGGCAGCAACGCCCCAAUCCAGCCCUACGCUUUCACCAGCACCCCGAGCUUGAACACCAAUAAUCAGUGGCAACAAUAUGGCAACGGAUAUCGCACGGCAUCUUCACCUGCGGUACCGGCGCAAGGCGCGCGUCACGUUGGAAGCUCUUCAGUAUCCAACGUUGGCUACAAUCACGGCAUGGGAACUAGCAAAGGGGGUUCGAGGGACGAUUCGGGCAUUCCUGCUGCUCGCACAAAUUCACAGGCCCCGAGGCCCCAGUCGGCGUAUUUGGCAGGCAACACGACACAGCAAAUGACAUUCGCUCAGACCUCUGGGACUAAGACGACGCCUGAUAGGUACCGGCGCCCGGCUCUCCAGCAACAACAACAACAACCUCGCCAAACUAGCGCCCCGUCAGGCUCAGGCAUGGCGACUGUUAGUCAUUUGUACAAUGAUGAGCAAAAGAGCGCGUCAGUGCGAGGUCGAAACCCGUCUUUCCAGAGCAGACCAAACAGUUAUUAUGGUGCGGUUGAUGACAUGCAAUUAAGUCAACAACAAAGUGCGGAAGACGGCAAGCGACUCAGGCGGCGCAGCAUGCACUCGCUUGAUUCUGCCGAUUAUCCCAAGCCGUUAACCCCACAGGAAUUCUCUCACCCGGAAGAUUCCUCCCGUUCCGACCGCGUGCCAACUCCCAAAAACAGCGAAAAGACACUUCGCAUCGUCUCCAGUCUUGCACCUCCCGCCGACAACAACAUGCAUGUCCGCAAUGGCAGCGCUGAAAGUCUUGCGUCGAGCCGCAGCAGCCAUUCCAGACCAUCUUCGUCUGCCAACCGCAGCGUACCCACCCCCACGGGCAACCCCUCUUCCUCUUCAACUCCUUCACACUUGGAUGAUGGCUCAUCGAAGCAAGAUUAUCCCAAACUCGUAAACAUUCCUCCACGAAGCUCAUCGUCAGAUGCGGCCAAGAGGCAGUCUACUCCCUCUCCUCUCUCCAAGCCGGUGACCAUGGCGACCGACUCGGGUCCCCAAAAACCACCUUCCUCUCUGGGCAAUACUCCGCAACAGGUCUUGUCUCAGAGCACGACUGCGACCAACAGCAACAACGCUAGCAGCCCCGCAGCCCAGCAUUUGGCUGCGAUUAACCAGAAAAGUACAAAAUCCAAGAGCAAGACAUCGCGAUUGCGCAGAGCCUUUUCAUUCGGUAGCGCGGCCGAUUUCACAAAGGCCGCCGGUCCCGAACCUACUAUCGACGAAAAUAGUGUAUCCGAUGCGACCAGAUUGCACAAGGAGCCGACGGCGGCCGAGAUUUACGAUGCAGAACAGGCCGCCAUCGCGAAGAAGCAGGAGGAAGGGGGCAUCGGGAACAACAUCUAUGGCGGAAGGCUAUUUUCCAGCUCGACGGAUAACCUUUCCAUUUCGUCCACCGCAUCGUCUGCUUCGAUCAUGAUCCGUAAGAUGGGUCGUGGCAUGAAGAAGAGCACUCGUAACCUCGUCGGUCUCUUCCGGCCAAAGUCCGUCAUUGGCGUUCCGGCAGCAGAUGCGCUGGCCCCAGAAGCCAGCCAGGCUGCCGUGUCGAUGGUCACGGUUGAAGCCGAGAGAGUCAACGUCAACGCUGAUCCUCAUGCACAGAACGGCGGUGGCACUGGCUUUCCUCAUCUGGAACGCAACUCGUUGGAUAUUUCGAAUACCCCUAGCAUGGUUUCGGAACGUGCUGGAAGUUCAGGUGCCGAUAGCGCGAGGCGAAAGAGCAUUGUCGAUGGUGAUAAGGAGCGUGCCGAGGCGCUUGCCGCUGUCAGGAAAGGCAUCUUGAAGCACAACCGAUCAGGCAGCCCUGCUCGCGACCCGCGCUCCAACUUCGAGUUGCCCGCGAUCCCGAAUGUCGCCGAUUCUCCCAUCUCAACCGCACCCAGCACGCCAAAUGACGAGGCUCAGGGCCACAAGCGUUCGGGUUCCGUCGCCAUCGGCAACGAAGACUACUUCAUGACUGCCUUGAGGCUUCGCCAGGACACCAAGAGUGCCCCGGGAACGCCCUCGGGUUCUGCCAAGAGAAACGCAACUUUCUCGCCGAGGAUUGUCUUCCACGACACUUGGCCCAGCGGCGAGUAUGACCGCAGGGGCGAAAUUGCUACCUGCAAUCGCCUGACGCCGAUGCUAGCCCAGCAGAUCAAGGAGGAGCUCAACACAUUCAAGAUGGAAAUGGAAGUUCACGAAAACUCCAAGAUUUACACGCACUUCUUCUAA